CCGAGUUUAGGUUAAAUAAACAAGGAUUCAUGGAGCUGGGGUGGAACAAUGACGUUGGAUCACUUGCUGUGAAAGAUCGGGGUAUAUCAGAAAGAGCAAGAAGUGAUAAAGAACGUCUCAUCACCGGCUUAAAAUCGAGCUACGGCUACGUUGAUCAUGAUCAAACUUAUAUUCAGUUUCAAACUGUUCCAGAGAUUCAUAGAGAAGAAGAAAACUCGGAGAAAGACUUGACGUUGGCUGUCCCUGAUGAACAUUCUGAAACUGGUGAUCAUCAUGAUCAUCAAAUCUAUGACUUUUCAGAUAAUUAAUAUUAUUUGAGAAACAAGCAUGUGAAGCCAAAACGGUCUCGUAUCGAGAUCUUCAGUGAUGAUGAAUCGGAGGGGUUCACAAGAGAAGUUCCUACAGUGACAAGCAAAGGUUUCAAGAGAAGAAGAAACGAUAUGUUGAGUAACAAGAUGCGUAAGCUACAAAAACUGUUACCUAAUUGUCACAAGGAGGACACGGUUUCUGUUCUCGAUAAAGCCAUUGUGUAUAUGAAAGAUCUUCAACUUCAACUCCAGGUGAUGUCGAUAAUGGGGAUGAAUCCUUAUUUUGCUCAAGCGACAAUAAACUUUGGAAUGCACAACGACCUUGUGACGGCGAUGGCUAUAGCUCAGGGUAUAAAUCUGGUGAAUCAAACAACGUCGUCACCGUUAAUCCCGGCGUCGAAUUCGCCGUUGCCACCGUUUAUUAAUCUAUCAAUCCCACACACAUCUAACCAAUCUCUCUUUCCUACAACAGCAUUACCAGCUUCUUCUACUCAAUGUCUUUGCGGUUUGGUUCCUUUCCCAAGUUUCCUUGAUUUUUCUUCCCAUACGAUGGUUGGAAGACUAUAAUCUGUAAGUUGCUACAGAAAUGUUUGUAUGAAAUGUUCUUGAUUAGGAAAAACCAGAAAAUCGAAAAUAAGACAUAUGCACAAUGUGAUUUAAUAUAUUUGGAUCUGGAAUUGACCAAUGUGUUUUAAUUACAGCGA